AUGAUUGAUGUUGCCUGUUGUGUUACUCUUCUCGAGUACGAUGGUAUCCGUAUCACAGUCCAUGAACUAGUUGAAAUUUUCAACGCCUCAAUGCGCGUUCUCGUCGGUCUCAUCAUCGCUGUCGCCGUUAACGCCAUCCUCAACUCUAAACCGUCUGGUAACUAUUGCGGUUCUCCGGUUAUUCCCUCAAUGGGUAAAGGUUUCGUCAAGAUCACUAUAAAAAGCGCUACCGCCUUCGACAUUUCGGCCUCAUGGACUCCCACUGGUGGUUCGAAGAAGAGCGGCAGCGAAACCGACCUGCCCUAUUCGUACGAUGACUCGACAAAAUAUGUGACCGUCACGGAUACGAGCAAGCUGCAGGAUCUGAUCACCAAAAUAGAUGCUCCCCUGAAGGCCUCUGAUCUCGCUCGUCUACGUUAUGAUGGCAAGAGUUUGCUUGUCGUUGCCCUCCUUAACUUCCCCCUGGAUCGAUGUUAG